AUGGACGAGCUACUUGCACCAAUUCAGGAUGCUUUGGAAGGCCAGAUUGACUUCCACGGCCAACGCCUGGCAGAGCUACUAAGCACUAUUUUGCUAGUUAUUUCUGGAGUCGCCAGUUUUCUCAUCGGAUACAUCUACAAGGAUAUGUACCUUACACUUUGGGUCGGCCUAGGUGGCACGCUGUUCACAGCGCUCGCUGUGAUCCCUCCAUGGCCUAUUUACAAUCAAAAUCCAGAGAAGUGGUUGAAUAAGGAUGGGAGUUCAAGAGGUCCACAAGUAGUCGUUGAUGGGGUCAAAGUGGCAUGA